AUGUUGAAUGACUCUGACCUUGAGACAAACAAGGUGCCGUGGCUGGAGAGAGUGAUCAUUGCUUCUGUGAUAACAUUUCUAUGCUGCAUGUUAUUGUUGGUGAAUAUCCUCAUGCUGUUUACUCUGAAGAGUAAAACUGUGUUUCGUGAGACAUCUCGUUACAUCCUCCUAUAUAACCUCCUCUCUGCAGACACACUGCAGAUGACAGUGAGUCAGAUUCUCUUCAUGCUGUCCAUUUGUAGGGUAACGUUGUUGUAUCCUGUGUGUGGUGUUUUAGUCAUGUUUGCUUAUCUCAUUUCUGAAGUCCCUCCUCUUACUCUGGUGGUCAUGUCUUUGGAGAGGUAUGUGGCUGUAUGUUUCCCUCUAAGGCACUCCACCAUGGUUAAUGUUGAAAAUACAGGAUUGGCCAUCUUGGUGCUGUGGUCACUAUGUUUAUUGAACACUUUAAUCAGAGUUGUUUUGCUCUUACAGCUUCCAUUUGAAGAGCUGGAGAGUUUGCAGAUGAAGACCCUUUGUAACAUACUUCUUCUGUUCCUGGUGCCAGAGUCACAUAUAUAUGAUACUGUGUAUAACACUGUAUUGUUUGUCUUUGCUGGUGUUGCUGUUAUUUUCUCUUAUAUCAGUGUGAUGAUAGCAGCCAGGUCGGCCUCUGCAGACAAAGCCUCGACACAAAAGGCUCGUGACACUCUGCUGCUGCAUUUAAUCCAGCUGUGCCUCAUUCUCAUAUCAACAGUGCACAGCACCUUAAUUGUCAACAUAUCCCAGAUCGUCUCCAGACUUGUUUUUAUCCGAAUCAUGAAUGUUUUUUACAUCUUUAUCAUCAUACUCCCAAAGUGUCUGAGCGCUCUGAUUUAUGCUCUCAGAGACCACACCAUCAGACCCGUCUUUUUUAAGUAUUUAUUCUGUCAGUUUAAAGUCUCCUCUCUAAAAGAUUAA